GAGGCGGGGGAGGGGUGCGGGCCCGGAGGGACGUCGUCCAGAAAGCCCGCCCUGGUUGGAGGGAAUUUAGAAGAAACCAGGGCGGGAAGGAGGCGGAGUCUAGUUUCCCUGGUGACGGGUUGCCCGGCGGUCGCCUGGUAACCGGUCGCGGCGGUCCUGGGUGCGGCGGCUCUGGCGGCGGAGGCCGCGGAGGUCUGUGGGCCGGAGCCCACGCGGGGCGCUUUCCGCCUGCUUUGUGAUGGCGGCCGCGGCCGCAGUGGUCACGCCGGCAGGUUUGGAGGAUGGAGUGUCUCGGUCCCGCGGCGAAGGGUCAGGGGAGGUGGUCGUGGAGCGGGGGCCCGGCGCGGCCUACCACAUGUUCGUGGUGAUGGAAGACCUGGUGGAGAAGCUGAAGCUGCUCCACUACGAGGAGGAACUCCUCCGGAAGAACAACCUGAAGCCCCCGUCCAGACACUAUUUCGCACUGCCUACCAACCCUGGUGAACAGUUCUACAUGUUUUGCACUCUUGCUGCUUGGUUGAUUAACAGAGCAGGACGCCCCUUUGAGCAACCUCAAGAAUAUGAUGACCCUAAUGCAACUAUAUCUAACAUAUUAUCUGAGCUUCGAUCAUUUGGCAGAACUGCAGAUUUUCCUCCUUCAAAAUUAAAGUCAGGUUAUGGAGAACAUGUAUGCUAUGUUCUUGACUCUUUAGCAGAAGAAGCAUUAAAAUAUAUUGGUUUCACCUGGAAAAGACCAACGUACCCACUGGAAGAGUUAGAAGAAGAAACUGUCCCAGAAGAUGAUGCAGAAUUAACAUUAAAUAAAGUGGAUGAAGAAUUUGUGGAAGAGGAGACAGACAGUGAAGAAAACUUUAUUGAUCUCAACGUCUUAAAGGCCCAGACAUAUCGCUUGGAUAUGAACGAGUCUGCCAAACAAGAAGAUAUUUUGGAAUCCACAACAGAUGCUGCAGAAUGGAGUCUCGAAGUAGAACGUGUACUACCACAACUGAAAGUCACGAUUAGGACUGACAAUAAGGAUUGGAGAAUCCACGUUGACCAAAUGCACCAACACAAAAGUGGAAUAGAAUCUGCUCUAAAGGAGACCAAGGGAUUUUUGGAUAAACUUCAUAAUGAAAUUAGUAGGACUCUGGAAAAGAUCGGCAGCCGAGAAAAGUACAUCAACAACCAGCUUGAGCACUUGGUUCAAGAAUAUCGUGCAGCUCAAGCCCAACUGAGUGAGGCGAGGGAGCGCUACCAGCAGGGUAACGGCGGGGUGACGGAAAGGACCAGGCUCCUGUCUGAGGUGACAGAAGAACUAGAGAAGGUAAAGCAAGAAAUGGAAGAAAAAGGCAGCAGCAUGACUGAUGGCGAAAGAUUUUCCAGAGUUCUGAUGAUACAUACUGAGUGAUCGUUCAAAAGAGGACGUUUAAAGGUUUUGCAGUAUGUUUGAAUGAGCCCAUUAUCUCUACCUCUCAGGUAAUUCUUUCUUCCUUCUUUUCUCACAUUGUAUCCCCUUUCCUUCAGACAAAUAUUCUAGCCCAUAAAAUUUAUUAAAGACAUCCUUAAAUACCCCUUUAGUAACUCUUCCCCGAGAAAAGGAAGGAAAUUCAACCUCAGUAUCAAACGCUGUGUCAUUUCCCACCCUAAAUCUCAGGUACCACAGCAAAACUCUGUGAAUGUCAGUAUGUUGUUGGCUGUGUUUUCAACCCUAUUUUUGGCUUAAGACAAAGUGAGGAGAAUGUCAUACAAUUC